AUGGCAUAUGAGCUGAAGGCGAGGGGCAAUGAGCGAUAUAAGGAGGGAGACUAUGAGGGCGCAGAGGAAUUAUACUCACAGGCUAUCCAGAAAAACUCCAGCGAUCCGGCCUUCUUUAACAAUCGCGCACUUGUUCGAAUAAAGCUCGGAUCAUGGGAAGGGGUAGAGCAUGACUCUCGAAUUGCUGUUGAUCUAUACGGUCCCAAGAACCCAGUUGCCGUCAAGGCGAAUUACUACCUCUCGCAGGCACUAUUAGGCCUCCAGCGGCCUGCAGAAGCACUCGAAAUCGCUCUCGCCGCAUAUAAGAGCAGUUUAGAGACGAAGAACCCCAACUCAGAGCCUCUGUCGAGGGUUAUACUUCGCGCGAAGCAAAGCAUUUGGGCGGCAAAGGAAACAUCGCGAUUGAGAGAGCGUAACGAGACUUUGAAGCAGGUAGAGGUGCUGUUGGAGGCAGACUUGAAAGCUGAAAUCACGCGUUUACACGAAGCCUUCCAGAGAGGAGAGAUGGGCCAGGUGGGAUACGACGAGGACAAGAAGGUGUUGGAGGAAGAGUACGCGAAGAGACUGAAAAACGUACGAGAAGCAUUUGCCGCGGUGGAUCCAGAACUCCAGGAAAGGAACAUGCCCGAGCACUUGAUCGACAAUAUCACCUUUGAAGUCAUGCAUGAUCCGGUGGUUACUCCAUCAGGCCAUUCGUUUGAGAGAACAAGCAUCUUGAAACACAUACAACAGUCUGAGUCUGACCCCAUAACUCGGGUACCGAUGACCGCCAGUGACCUCCGACCCAAUUACGCUCUGAAGGCAGCCUGCGAAGACUUUCUCGAGAAGAACGGAUGGGCCGUCGACUGGUAA